AUGACCAAGCACGACCACGAUGAGCCACCUCGCCGGACUCUACGCGACCCUACCACGAGAAAACGAUAUCAGAACCCAUUAGUCGUGUUCGUUGUAGUUCUCAUCGCUUUCCUGGGCUUCUACCGCAUCUACAGCCCUUCCGCUACCAUAAGCUCACCAUCACCUCACGACAAUGACGUCGAUAUUCAGGUCGUCGAGACUUACAAUGAAGACCAACUUCAGGAGGUUGCUGCCUUGAUGGACGAAAUCUACACCAUGCUAGCAAAUGCCUCGUUCAUUCCGCAUGACUCUAUCAAGCGUGGCCCACACCAAAUCAAUUCUACAGCCAGUCCCUGUAGGCGCGAUGCAGCCGACCUGCGCUUAAUGAAGAUCCUCCCAUAUGUCGACGCCCCAUUACUCGACGAUGACCAUUGGUUAUGGGGUGGCACUUUUUUCGAUUUCCGGGUAGAUAAAUUCUUGGGCUACGGCUGUGAUCCUGACGAAGCAGACAAAGACCCUUCGUUCCUCAUGCGGCCAGGAACGGUCCACUUAACCAAUGGCGGCUGGGAUGGCUGGGAUCUCUACAGAAGUUGGCAACUCCAAUAUGACACUAGGAAGAAUGCAAUUAGGGUCUAUGAAGGAGAGGAGAGAAGUGAUUACCAGCCACAAGUCAAUGGCCGUGAUUGGACGAGAUGGACCGAUGCGCCAACCUUCUUGAGGAGGAUCAGAGACGCAUAUCGGAGCACAGCAUGGACCCCAUGGGUGGCCGCGAACCCCGCUGACCGACCCGCUGAUCCGCGCGUCCUUCCGCCGUCCCACAACAUCACAUCAUCGCUUCUGAUCAAGAACGGUUGGCCCGAAAAGCUCGACAUCGAUCAGUUUCGGGCUGACUUCAUCCGGGCGCAGCACAAGCCGUCAGGACGAGGCUGGGCCGAAGGUGCUUUCCAACAGAUUAGAACCUACCAGGAUGAUCCAGAUGAUCCAGCCAACAUCUACUAUUCCAAGAGAAUUCUACAACGAUAUCAGGAUCAUAAGCUUGACGAGCAGAUCGAAUACUCCACUGGAGAAUUGAACAGGAUGAGACUGGAGGCGGAAAGAGCAAAGAAUAGAAUCGAUCAACACGACAAGGAUUACGAAGAAGCGAAACGGCAAAUACAGCGGCUGUGUCCAGGCGGCAUCUGUGUCGAGGAAGAGGAUCUCAUUCUUUGGGAGUUCAGAGGACUAGAACAGACAUAUGCAGAGGCACAGCUCAACCCCGACACUAAGACACUGUGUGAACGCCGCCCCUGGAGGCUGGACGAAAGGUUUUAUGAUAGACAUCUGUCGUCAGAUCAGCAUGCAAGUUGUGUCACCCGACUCAACUUGGAGAGACACUGGUUAGAGUUGGCAUAUCAACAAUCCCGCGCCGAUGCCCUCGCUUAUUGCGCUCGAAGCAACAAGGAUCUCCUCCCCCCUGCCUCAUUCGAGACCAUCGCGAGUAUCUACAUUGCCGAUUAUGAAAGUAGAUAUUACGGGUGGAAGAUCGAGGAUAUCAAAAAGGCUUUGUCUGGUGACAUUGGCGAUGAAGCCCUUCUAGAGCUCUGGAGCCGAUUAGAGGUUCUGGAGGAGCCUCGUUCUUCUUCUGAUGACAGACUGUACGACUAG